AUGCCCGCGCAAGUCUGGUUCGGUGAAAAGUGCAGACAGAUGCAGGCGAAUCUCAACGGUCAGCAGCGUGGAAACGCAAAACUCAAAGCCGAGAGGCGCACAAACAGGACCCUUUCCGGGAGAACUCAAGAAGAGGACUGGAAACUCCAACUCAGAGCAACUCGGCAACGCUGCGAAAAGCGGCCAGUGGAGAAAUUCGACACGAAAAGCAAGUUCCCUUCGCCGGCUCUUGGCCGAUCGAAACCCGGAAAAUCGACAAAACGCCUAGGUCAAACUAAUAGGGGAAAAAACGGCGACACGCAGAAAGGCGCUCGCAGACACACAGCGAACUUCACGAAAAGAAACAUCGCUUCCACUGCCGGUGGCGACUGGGCACUGAAAUCGUCGGCGCGCCGCAUGCUUCGGGCACCGUCCGGGUCUCGACGCCUCCAGAGAGACCCGGGGAGCGGCAGACCGUUUUGUGGGCAAGAAGCGAGCUGUCAGUUUCACAGUCCAGAGCAGGUUGCGAGAACACACAUCGAGCCGGCAUCUGCGAUAUGA